GGUGGAACAACGUUAGAUGAUCGAACGAGUGAUCCUCCUGAUUCCGCAAUGCACCACUCUGAAUCACCUCAAGCAAAUCCACGCCAAUCUCAUCAAGCUCCCCGCCGACCUCACCGCCCUCAUUUCCUUCGCCGCCGCCUCCGGGAGCCCACCUCUCUUUUCCUACGCCGCCGUCGUCUUCCGGAGCCUCCGCCGCCGGACCACUUUCCAAUACAACACAGUGAUAGCCGGCUACGCGCGAACCAACCAGCCGGAGCGCGCCGUUUCCUGCUACAAAGACAUGCUCCAAGAAGGUCUCAUUAGGAAUAACUACACCUUCACGCCUCUCGUCAAGGCCUGCUCUAUUUUAGCCGCUGAUUCUCCGGCGACCGGUCUUUCGGCGCACGGCCAUGUCCUGAAGUUAGGGUUCUUCCGGGACCUGUUUAUUGCCACCGCAUUGAUUGAUUUCUAUGCGUCGAAUUUCGACAUGAGCGCUGCAGUCGAACUGUUCGAUGAAAUGCCUGCGAAAGAUGUGGUGCUUUGGACGGCCAUGAUCAACGGGUAUGGGAAGAUAGGCGACGCUGUGAAUGCUAGGAAGGUGUUUGAUGAAAUGCCUGAUCGAAAUGUGGUCUCAUGGAGCGCAAUAAUGGCUGCAUAUUCGCAAUCGGACGAUUUCCGGGAAGUCCUCUGCUUGUACAAAAGAAUGGAACAGUUCGAAUUGAAACCAAACGAGUCGAUCAUAGUCACCGCUCUUACUGCCUGUGCUCGUCUUGGUGCAUUGGCACAAGGUUUGUGGAUUCAUUCCUACGCCGAGAAGUGCCGAUACACGUCGAAUCCGAUAUUAGCAACUGCACUAGUGGAUAUGUAUUCGAAAUGCGGGCGUAUCGAUCUUGCUCUGUUGGUUUUCGAGAAGAUCCGGGAUAGGGAUACUGGAGCGUGGAAUGCGAUCAUAUCCGGGGUAGCGAUGACCGGGAAUGCGAGUAAAGCGCUUGAAUUAUUCGAUGGAAUGGUCGCGAGUGGAACCCGAGCUAAUGAGGCGACUUUCGUAGCGCUCUUGACGGCUUGCACGCAUGCCAAAUGGAUCGACCUGGGCCUUUCUUUGUUCGAAGAUAUGAGCAGCGUGUAUGCAAUCGAGCCCAAGAUCGAGCAUUGUGGUUGCAUAGUCGAUCUUCUUGCGCGAUCGGGUAGGUUAGAGGAAGCCGAGCGAUUUGUUUGCGAGAAAAUGGGAGGGAUCGGGAAUGCGGAUGGUAAUGUAUGGGGAGCCUUGCUUGGGGCUUGUAGGAUCUAUGGGAGAGUCGAGAUCGGCGACAGGCUGUGGAGGGAGCUGACGAGCGAAGGAUCGCCCGACUAUGGAAUUUAUGUGCUCGCCUACAAUAUGUACCGGGAAGCUGGGUGGGGAGCCGAAGCUAAGAGGGUUCGGAGCUUGCUCGAGCAAAAACGAAUGAAGAAAACGCCGGGCUGCAGCACUAUAGAAGUUGAUGGCGUUGUCGAAGAGUUUCUUGCUGGCGACGUGCUGCAUCCGCACGCGGCAGAAGUAUGCGGCGUGCUGUGUUCUAUGCUAUGCCGCGCACGGGCACCGGCUGCUGCUCCGGCUACGGCUCCGGCGGCCUUGUAUGAAUAUGAUGAUGAAGCCACUUAUAUGUCUUUAGAUGUUUGAAUUUUAUGAAGGUAUGGAGGUGUAGCCUUUCCUUGAUUGGAGUUUUUUUAAGUUUACAAAAGAUUUGAAAAAAUAAAUUAUUGUAAAUAUCAAAACUUUGUCUAUAGGCUCU